ACGCCUUGGUUUAUUGGUGGACUCUUACGACACGGCAAAAUCGUAUUCGAAUUGAGCCAGCAGGGAAGUAGCAAAUCGAAAUAUCAUCUCUGUUACAACGAAAGAAAAAUUCUCACCAUCUAGCAAAUAUUUAUAUAAAUGAAGAGCGGCAAAUUCUAACAGCGAUCGACACGAUUCGCUAACGUUUACUAAUAAAUAUACUUAUAAAGGAGGAAGAAAUAUGCAAGCACUAAACAAUCCAAUCGGUUAUGGAGGCUACAUUUCCUCUUCCACAUCCACAGAUUGGCUCUAUUGGUGUCGACUUUGCGCGAAGAUUGAUAUAAAUAGUAAAAAUAUAUUCUAUGAACAUCAACCACUAUUAACUUCUGGUGGAAAUAGUGACGAUAAAAGGAGUACAUUGGCCGUUGCAAUUGGAAAAUAUUUUUACUUACAAGUUAAACACGAUGAUGAUCUGCCUCAAUUGUUAUGCACGGAGUGCACUUCAUUGGUGUCAAAUAUUGCGAAUUUCAAUGAACGUGUUGCUAAAGUGCAAGAAAUGUAUACUGCCCUGCAAAGUGGUCACUACAGUAAGGAUACAGAUUUUCAGUCAAUUCGGUUGAAAUAUGGAAUUUUGAAGGAAGAUCCAGCUCAAUUAUAUACGCACCAAUAUGAAGAAGACUGUUUCACUGAGAAUACUGAUCAAGCAGUUAUGGAAAAUUUGAAUAAAUUUGAGAUCAUAUUGAAAAGAGAAAAUCCACGAGAUGGUACUCAAUCCGAUGAAGAUGAGAGAGAUGAUAAUGAAGAUCCUUUUGCCAGCGAUUUUGGUGUUGAGACCGCUGAGAAUAAGCCGUUUUGUGCAAUAAAAGAAUGUGAUGGAGAAAGUAAUGGUAGUAAGUAUCCUCCUGAGGUGCCUUCGAAAGAACAACAAAGAAAAUUAAAAACCAGAAUAAACAUAAGUACAAAAGAAGGUUUAAAAGGGCAAGAUAAGUCCGGAAAGUGUCUUAUCCGCACCGACAAAGAGCCAAAUGAUGACAAAUACUAUUGUAGCGACUGCUCACUUCAUUUUAAACGUCUUGGCAAUUAUCGUAUACAUAUGAAGAAAAGACAUGGAAUGGCAUUAGAACCGUUGACAUGUUCCCAAUGCUACAAAUCAUUCAAGACUAUAUUUGAUCUGAAUUCUCAUAUAAAAACACAUCGACCACUCUCUGAGAAACGAAUAUUUCCAUGCCCACUAUGUGACAGAAAAUUUUCGCAAAAAUAUUAUGUUGCCAACCAUAUAAAGUUUGUGCAUGAAGAUAUUCAUCCAUUUAUUUGUGAAGAAUGUGGUGAAGGAACACGAACGGAAGUUAGACUACGAGAACACAUGCUUACACAUACAGACCUUGCACCUUUUGAAUGCGAAAUAUGUAAAAAAGGUUAUAAAACUCGUGCGCGUCUGAAGAAACAUAUGGAUACGCACAGUUCUAAUAAGCACAUCUGCAACGAGUGUGGUUUAAAACUAAAUUCUCGUGCGACUUUGAACUUACAUAUGCUUGUACAUUCUGAUGUUAUGCCACACAAAUGUGACUAUUGUGGGCGGGCUUUCAAACGAGCCAAAACGCUGAAAAAUCAUUUAAUACUCCACAGUGGUCUAAAACCUUAUUCAUGUGACUUCUGCGAUAAAACGUUUGCCAAUGGGGCUAAUUGUCGUGCGCACAAAAGAAAAACUCAUCCGGAGGAAUUAGCAGCAUUAGAGGCUUCAGGCGAAAAAACAUAUACGAAAAAUAUACCAAAAUUGGCUGUACUGAAAGCGGUAACAAAAUCAGCUGAAAAUCUUAUCCCAGUCGUCUCCAAAAAGAGUGGCAAUUUUUCUUAGGUAGAAAGCCGAAACCUGUGUUAUCGGGGAGCCAAACAGUUUUUAAAGAAAACAGUUUAGACAUGACUAGUCUUACGGAGAGGAAUAACAUACCAUCAUCGUUUUGGUAAAGAUAAAAAUUAUAUUAUUUUAAAUUUUUUAAACAAAUAAAUGUGCUUACAUUAAAAUCUA